GAUGUCUGCAGUUAGUUGGCGUUGAUCGGCGAAUUUCGCAGAAACAACAUGUCGGAGCUAGUGACUUCAUUUUAGUAGCACUUACAGGGGAAUUGAAGACUGGAAUGAAUAUUACUUUCUCGUAGCAUAGCCUGGAAUUUCAAUCAAGGGCACGACAAUGAUCUCCAUGGCAGCAAAUGCCUUCGAAGGCUUCGACCAAACGACACAGAAAAGAAGUUUAAUCGGUAGACGGGUAAGACUUUGACAAGAUAUCCUGUUAUUUAAAAUCUAGUAUUUAAAUAUAAGAGUUGUCAAGGAUAAUAAGCAAAUCAAAAGUUCUAGAAAAUUCCGUUCAUGCGAACGAAGAAAGAAAAAAACAGUACUAAAGUAUGAGACCGAUUACGCAGGAUCUACAAAAAUCGUCGACGUAUUGACUUCGAAUAAAAAGCCGCUAAAUUCACUUCAUUUGAAUGUCACCCACCGUGCCAAAAUGCUCUAGUGAAAAUCAAAAUAUAAAACAGAACCACAAGCCGGAACUGAUUGUACGGCAAAUAAACCUAACUUCAGGUGCAUCUAGUCUGUGAAAACGAAAAAGCAAAACGAACCUUAUUUACUGCACUGUCAAAAAUCUUCUAAAAUCAGCCCACUUUUUUUUAUUUCGAAUGCUGAAAUGACUUCGAGAUCUGAACUGCAAAUGUAGUAAUGAGAGUUCUGUUUCUAAAAAUAUGUCGAACCCAAUUUACGCUUAAGAGUAUUUACUCCUAAUUUGUUCUCUGGAAAGCGCUACUUUCGCUUGCUUCAAUAUGUGUAACCUUUAAGAAGUACCAAGGUAUUGCGAUUUCAGUUUAUAACUUGUUUCGUUAAAAAUGGCUUUUGCAAGUGAAAAAAGAAAACAGUUUUUCCGAAAUAAAAUUCACCUUAUAUAGAGAACAAUAUCUGCAAGACUUUGAGGCAAAAUAAGUGUCGUUGCAUUAUUUUCAGUAACAGGAACACGGACAACAAAUGUGGACGUUAUAGCCAUUUAAUAAAAUGCUUGUUUGCGCGAUUGAACAUUGUUAUGAAUCUGAAUAUCAGAAUGUUUUCACCUUCUAUCUAUAACAAAGCAACAACUUCAUAUAUCGACUAUUGACUCGCUGCAAAUUUUUUCGCCAGUCUAAUUCGUUAUUUAUCCCCCCAAAAAGCCUUAUUUUAAUUUUUUUGUGUGAAAUGGUGGCCUUUCGUCUCCUUGAACAAUGACGGAUGUAAUGAACUCAAAAUGGACAGUGAAAUUUGGCGAAAAUUUGUUUACAAAAUUUGGCUUUUAGAUAAGUCAUUGUGGUUAGCUUGAUCCAGUUUACAUAUUACGUAAUUAAAAAGCUAUAUUUUAAAAGCUGGAACUUAAGAAGUUUACAGAAUUUAACCAUUUGUGUUGUUUGAUAUCAAGUUUUCUUUGCUAGAAUAUGUAAUCCAAAAAAAAAACGAAAACAAAAACGUCAGGCGUGUUCAUAAUUUUGCGAAGUGUAAAAAUGAUUAACAUACUCGGUUUCGAUUAGGAAAAAUUCCGAUUUCAGCUGUGCUUGCCGUUCCUAUUGGCAACCAAAAAAUAGUUUGAUUUGCCACCGAAUCAGGCCCAGCUGGGAGCGUUACAAAUUACUAAGUAAGAAAGAAAACAAUUUCUUCGAAUUUGCAUUUAUUAGCCAAUCCAGGGGUAAAUUGGUGAAGUCUAAGAGAAAACGCAAUGAGGCUUUGUUCAUAAGAAUCGCAGGUGUUUCGCGCGAAUAAUGUUCUUUCAGAGCCGACUAACGAACAAAGUGCCGCUUCUUUUAAAUAACUCGAUCUGAAAGACCUAGUCAAUAACUCUACUAACUUGUUUAAAGGUUUUGAUGGAUGGGAAAGGACAGAAGAAUGGAAAUUUAGGUUAACUUUUCUAGGCUAAGCCAAAGGGGGUCUUGUAUCGAAAACAAGCUAUUUUUAAAAGGAACUGAGGAAAGCAAUGUGCGUUUGAACUAACUUGUUGAUUUAAUCACAAAGACUGUAAUUCAUCUCAGUAGCAAGUAAAAAACACUUUCUGAAGGAUAUAUAUUUUUUCAAUACAGGUUUUUUCUUUUGAGAGUUUAAAGGCCUCUCUUUUGGUGUGAUUUGCUUUGUGUUAUAGUUACUGAACCAUACAUCAUGCUUACGUCACAAAAACAGAAAAUCAAAUUAGAGCAGCUAAACCUUCUGUGGCAAAUUAGUACGUUUCUUAUGAAUUUUCAUGAGACGAAAUCGACUAAACUUAAUCACAUUUCGAAGAUCAAGUAGCCAUGAGCGACGAGGAAUUCCGAGCUUUUGCUAGACAAAAACAUCAGGUUAGUUUCCUACUGAUUUCUGGCAAGGUUAAAAAGGUCUUAAGAAAAUCUGUUCGAGCAUCACUAUGUCAAAUUUGUUUUCUGGGAGCUGAAACAAAGCAUUUGGUAUCCAGCGGUUUUAGAACACAUUCUUGGCCUUCACAGUAGAAGCGUGUUAAAGUCAAUUCUAUCUUUUCUCAGAAACAUUAUAUUACAUUCACAUUACUCUUAUGAUAAGAAAGUUGAUAAGGGUUCCUGGUUACUAUAUUUCUUCAGAUCGUUUAUCGCCAAAUGUUACAUUCACUUUCCCUGAAUUAAAUGAAGUUUAUUUAAAGAUAUUUCAAGGAAGGUGUUCAAGAUUCAUUUUAUCUCUUAAGGCACAGUCGUCGCCACAGCUUUAAAUAUAAUUUAAUUUAGCAUCAGACAAGACAGGUCUCUUUGAAACAGUGAUUUACUAUCUUAAUACUUACAUUCAAUUUAAGAAUGAUAAUUCGGCUAUUCUUACUCAAUCACCAACAACUUCGUGAUCGUCAUUAAGGCAUUCAUCUUAUUCUAUUUUGAUUUGUUAAAAUAAAAUUUCGACGUACAGCUCAGUAAAAUCGAUAAAGACCACCUUAGGGUAUUUCACUACAGACGACGCAUUCAGAAGACAUAUGCAAUACGUUGCGAAUGUGAUUCAGAUCUGUAAUCAAAUUCUGGCGAUUGUCAUGUGGAAAAUACUGACGCUUUUUUCUUCCUGUUGUUGCUGUUCUAAUAACACCCGCUUCGUUUUUCCUGACAAAUUUUGCUCAAUGAAGAAGCUAUUGCGCGACAAAAAAACGUUUAAAUAAUUUACCGCGAGCUAAAAAAUAAUAUUUGUGAUGUUUAGUGGGUGUACACAGACAAAAAAAAAACGAUUUGAAAAGCUCAGAAAAAUUGCAACGCAUAAUUACAAUAGUUUCAGUCUUUCUGUUGUCCUGACUAUCGUGGGUUAUAUUCGUUUUCAAACAUUUCGUAAAGUCUUAUUUGUACUUUAAUAAUUUCGCAACAGUAACUAGAAACUAGUCUUUGAGCGGUCGGAAGGAACUUAAGUAUCUAACAACGGAUUUACAUAUAGUAUGCUCAAGGCAAAAUUAUGAGACGAUUUUGUGCUAUUUUUAUCCAAAAAUUGUCAUUGCAAUUUGUCGAAACACAGAUAAACUCAAUUAAUAAAGUUAACUUAGGCACGGAGUACGUGCUUCGACUGAAGAAAGUAAUUGAAGGAAGGUUAGCGUGGGUGACCGAACCUCUUGUUUGUAACCACGUGAAUAGAUGUGUAUCUUAGUUUUGAAAUCGUCUAUAACCUUGUAAGGCAUAACAACUUUGCCAAGGCCAAGUUUACAGAAUAAAUAACGUGUGCAUAAGUUUACAUACAAAUGUACUGCAGAUACAAUGCUUCAGGGACUGGCUUCAGCGACAGCUACAUAGCCAACAUGUCUUGCUGUAAGGACUAUCGCCUUAGGGGGAAUAUUAAGGGAGAGUACAGUCACAUGGAUAAUCUGUACAAAAAUGUUCCGCCCUAUAGGGUACGUGUCUUGACCUAGAUAUCAUACGUAGGGAAUGUAGUUUAACUCUACACCCAUGAUAAGUGGUUGUCAUGCCACUGUUGGAAGAUCUAUUUUUCCAAAAAUUUUCUGUAUAGUCGAGUCUUGCGAUUGGUAAAGUUUUUUUUACAGCAUUUCUGCAGUUAUUGAGAUUGUCUUAAUUUUAUCUAGAGGGUCGAUAAUUCCACUGUUAAACACUGAAGAAUUAAAAAUAAUUUUAUGGGCAGUGUCACAGAAAAGAGCUAAAAACCUUAAGUUCAAUUUUGUGUACUUCAAAAAGAUUGAAAUCCUAUAUCUUUGAGUAAUACUUCGCGUUAUCCACAGACUUACCAGUUCAUCGACCUCUCUCUGAUAAUAUUUUGACACUAAAAUGUAAGUUGCAAAUUUAUCUAUGGAAAAGUUACUAGAACUCCUAUUUUGUCUGAAUAUUAUGUUGACCUUGUAAUUUACAGAAUCGGAACAUUGCGUUAGACUAUUUUAAUAUUCUACAAUUUACAGCAUAUUUCAAAACACAUUUUUCUUUCACUUAUUUUUAUAUCCACGUAUCUUUCCACUACAGUUAUUUUUCUGCUGGUAUGAAUAUGCUUUAAGCAUUGAAAUUGAACACAGUUACAGAUGAGAACAUAUGCUUUGAACUGAAGGAAAUUAAUUAACCUUGUAAAUGCUCGGGAAUUUUUUCAGAUCAUGACACCUCCCCCUCGCGAAAACUUUUUGCCGAUCUUCUCCGAAGAUAAUCGAAGGCUUUUUCGGACCACUGUCGCGAAGAACGAAUAUACUUCAGAUUUUAGGGUAGUAGAUCAUAAAAAGUUGGACGAAUUGCUAGCUGCUAUAUCUUCCAUCGUUUCUUGGUCGGUUUUUUUGUUCUUCAUUUCCGCAAAGAUACAACAAUUUUUCAUAAUUAUGAAAGCUAAUGUUCUGUCAGGAAUGCAUAAAAUUAUCGGUAUCGCUAAUGUUAGACCCAAAGCCUUCUUCUCCAGGAACUACAAGUAUUCAAAGGUAAUUUCCACUGUUUUUGAUAGAUUUUAAAAAUAGCAUGAAGUUCACUUUUUUACCGAGUCUUAAAUUUUUGCUUUACACAAGCUUCGACAUAUUUACUUUGGAGACAAUCUUAAGACACGUAACCCACGUUCUCCAUUUUUCUUGCGUAAAAAGUUGUUACCUCCAUUCCGAAGUUCCUAUAUUUAUAUUAUUGUAAGGGGGAAUUCCUGACCACAAACAUGUCUUAUGUUCAUAAAUGCUCCUUGAAUAACACAAAUAUUCUUGCUUUGGCGCGAUUUAGAAUGUUCUAGGAAUAGGUUUUCAAAAUCACUUAAUUACAUUUGAACAGUAAAUAUUUUGUCAACAAUUUAACCGCGUAACCAUUCACAAAUUUUUGCAGUCCUCAACUUCAUAUAAAAUAGACAUGUUACGUUUUGCAGAUCAAAUGAAAUAUGAAAAACUCAAUUAACUGACCAUCACAUUCAAAACACACUUCAGUUUGCUUUUGUCUGGAAAGAUAAUUAAUGACAAUUUAGGGAAGUGCAAAACGUUUUUCUAAUAUAACUACUGGAAGUUUGGGACAGAUUGUCCUCCUGACUGAAAAGGAUUUUACCUAUUUUUUAGUAAGACAAUUUUAAGUUUCUUACAUUUUAUGGAGAAUAGAGCAAAUCUCAAAACUACUAAGUACAUAGAAGAAAUUCGAAACGAAAACUUUCGCUGCCCCCGCUGUCAAUUAAAAAUUAAUGUUCCAUUUGUACUUUGAGUGCUAAAUUUAUGAAUCUCUUGCAGUUCCAAAUAGAUUUAUGUAGCCAGCUUUUAGCCGAGAAAAGUGUAAAACUUGUAAGGGUCGGAAUGAUGCAAUUCAAUUUUCUAUUUGAAAAUACAUGGUAUGGUGUUGAACUGUAAAUAAAUCGCGAAACAGCGGCCUGAUUGAAGAAUGAAAGUAUAAAUAAAAUUUUCGGGUAAGCAAUUCUUUGGGGUGUUUUGUUAUGGAAAUCUUUCUAAUAUGCACGUACAGGUCUUAAUAACGUGAGUAUCAACCUUCUUUUCUCUUCCUAAUAAUUUAUUACAUGCAAGUACACUGCAUUGCCUUGUUUCCAGGCCUACUGCGUAUUUCAAAACAGCGUACAGUAGGAGCCCAGAAAUCCCUGGGAAGAAUAGAGAAAUAUCUUGUCUCAUGACACAAGGAAACUGUGGGCAUUUUCCAUUGACCCUAUCCCAAUAUAAGAAAGCUUAAGAAUAAACUAUAGAAAUCACUUGUUUUAGAAUUAUUCAAUUGUAAUAUCUGGAAAUCUCCUUGAAAUAAUUAAGAGGUCCAAAAAUCAUGGUAGAAUAAAUUUGUAACAAAUUAACUUUUGUGUAUUCUAGUUGCGGAACACUAUCAAUGGAAUCCACCGUGUGUAGGCGUGCUUGUCUUUUAUGAUAAAAACACUGAUUCCAUGAUGUGUCAUGAAGCUCAUAUAGUAAUCGGCUGCGUUGUUCUUGUGCUGGCUUUUGAAGACUUAAACUGGAAAAACGAUUAUUUUCAUAUAUGCAUCAAGUUAAGGUCCUCAAGUUCGCAAGAAAGACAAUAAAAUUAAACUAUCUUGGAAAGUUUAGCAAAGUAAAUUAUCUGUUCAACUGAAGUGCCAGUGGAUACCUUGAGACACAUAAUAACCAAGUGUCAGAAUGUAUGAUCGCAGAUAAAUGGGGCAAGUUUUCAGUUUUAAUCUGGAGUUAACGAAAUAAAAUGCUGCCUCAUUUUUCAUCGCUUUCUUGAAAACAUAUACUGCAGCUAUCUGCCAGGUUUGAGUCCAGCUAACAUUUGAAUUGAACCAAAAAAUCAUCAUUCACUUGUACAGUUUAAUAUUUCAUGUCAUUUACAAAAUUUGAAGAACUCCUUGAAAGCAAGACCAAUCAUUUUACUAAGCAAUUAAAACAUUCAGACCUAACUGACGAUAUGCAAAGCCAUCAAAUCUUUUCUAAAAACUGUGUGUUGACAAUCUCCAAUUCCACGCAUGUGUGAAGAAUUUGUACUUCAAAUAUUUUGGGAAAAUAUACCCCAAGAUUAGUGGAUUAUCUCUUUGUUAACAUUCAGAGCUAUUGUUACUUCAAACCGUUUAAUUAUUCAAAGGAAUUUAUCUUGUAAAACGAACAACAUUUUUAAGACGGGAUAUUGAUGGAAGAUUUAAUAAUCCCCAAGCGUGGUUUAGCCAAGAAAAGAAGAAACAACAUCCUUUGUAUCAGCAGAUUUUUUUCCGACAAAGUUCAGACUGAAAAGGUUGGAUCACCUAUUUUUACUCUUUCAAACUGCGACCCAAUGAAAAGGUGCCUGGUUUUAAUUUCAGUAAUUGCAUUUUGACGCUUUUUCUACGGAGAAGCCAUUAACUAAGUCUGAAGAGCAUUCUUUCUCCAUUGGUCGACAGACGAGUUAAAUUGCUCUUGACUUUUUCGCAAUUUUAAUUCAAUUAAACACGUAGUCCAUUUAUUUCAGUAAACUGAUGUUUUUCCUACGAGUUUUUUUUACGAGGAAAACAUGCAUGAAUUAGACAUCAUUGGCAAACUUAGUCUGUUCCAUGUUCAGAAUGAGUAUAAUGCGUGCCUCGUGUCUUCCUCUGAGGAAAAUAUCUUUUAACUUCUCAACCAGCCGAAUUUUUUCGCGAUGCGAAAAUGAAAAAGGUGAGAGCAGAAUCGCUCUACAGCAUCUAGGAGAAAGCUUUUCGGAACCUUUGUUAGCACGCGGACAAUCCGUUGGAACGUACUGGGUAGGUUUCAUCCAACUGGACUUACUUCGGUAUCACAAUCUAUGUUUAGUCAUCAGCCUGUAGUUUCAGUAACCUGGGGAUUUGAAGUUUUGUAGCACGCGUUUUAAACUGGAUAGUACGAAGGAUUUGUCUAAGAUCUAGGCUUGUCUUUCAUGUACCUAAUUUAUAUUUUGCCCAGCUAAGGAGAAAACUAUAGUUUCAUAUAACUUUUUGCCUGCCUUCCAGGUAAUGCUGUAUAAAAUUUCUUGUUAAGAGAAUUUUUUGGCAUGUGAAACAUUUGUUCCUAAACGGUACUCAGAAGUACAAACAUGCGGGGAUUUUUCCGUGAUUAAACUUUCAUGAUUUUUUUUCUCGAUUUGUAUAUGACAUUUUUCCAGCCAGUAUUGUAUAUUUGUCCACUGAUUUCCACUGAUUUAUCAAUAAUCGAAGGCCUAGGAAAGGUUGUGAUAUUGGUAGUUUAUGCAAUCUGACAACUGGAAUGUAAACGUUUAUAGAUAAAGCCAAAAUCCAUAUAAGUUAUUUGUCUCUCGAACGAUCGAUCUCUUGCCAGAACUGAGAAUGUUUUCGCUGACCUCAAUCGAAUUAGCAGCGUAAAAUCCUUCUAAAGACUUCGACUGAAUGGUUGCCAUCUGAGGCCCUGUUUAUAUGGAGAAAACUUGUGUCAGGUAGAAGAGGUCACUCGCCUAACCGAGCUACCCUGGGAGAAACAAAAAAAUUGGCUCGGCUAGAAGGAUUACCCGCCUAGAAAUUAGCUGAGCCACCCUUUUUUCGAUGAUAGGGUGAUUACCAUCCUAACCAGGCAAACUUUUCUCCAUAUAAACAUGGCUCGCACACCCGCGUCAACUCGGUCAUGGCGACAAAGGAGCUUAAGCAAUGACGUUUUUGAGCGACGCAUGUAAACCGGAAGUGAAGCCUUCGCCCUUCCUAUAUUCCUUGACGCUAACAAAUCUGUAUUGCUAGCUUUCUUUUCUCUUAUAAAGAUGAUUUACCGAAGAGUUUCAACCAAUCCACAACCCAAUGAUGCAAAAAGGCCACUUCCGGUUGACGUCCGUCGCUCAAAAACGCUGUAGCUGAAUCAGAGCAUGCGCGAGCGCUGUUAUCAGCUCUUGGUUCGAGCCAAGGAGUGAGUCAACUUUUUUCUCAUAUAAACGCUUUCUAUUAAGUUGAAGAGGGUGAUCCUCUUUCCUGGGUCAAGUUUUCUCCUUAAAGCGGGGCCUGAGAAGUCCCAAUCUGUUGUGCUGCUGUUGCGACACUGAAUGAAGACACACUGACACUCGUGUCAGCCUGUCUGUUUCGUUAUUUCCGUGUUUUUAAAUUUGUCUCUAUUGUGUCAUAGGGGUCGAUGAGUUCAUCGAGCGAGAUAUCUUUUCCGCCGUAUGAAGUCGUACCGGCCACUCGACCUAUCAUUGUGAUAGGUCCUUCACUUAGAGGAUACGAGGUAAGUGAAAACUGAAAAGCAACAACGUUUCUGUUUACGUAGAGAAGUUAGUGGAAAUUCAGGGAACGAUAAGUACGCCUCGCGUGCCAUUUUUUUCUUCGCAAAUAAGCAGACAAACAACCAAUCAGCAAGUGCACAGGCCAACACCCAAUGAUUGCUUUCCUUCUUAAGCUUUCAAACUCUGUUUUAGGCUAAAUAGAAUGCUUCUAAAGCCUUGCAAAACAAAUACACUAUAGCCGGAUCUAUUUGGUUAUCCUAGGGUAAUUUAAAAUUUAUGGAGGAUUUCUUAUUAUUUUCCCGAAAAUCUAAGAUGCUAUUUUAAGUUUAACGCUGAAAACGUAAGAUUUUCUGAUUCCUCUUUUUGUCCUCAGUUUUAAACCAAGAAAUUUUGGGGUUUUUUUUUCUUACUGGUAAAAAGCCAAAUCUGGGCGGUGAAAGGUGCAAAAUACCUAAUUUAACGUAACCCAGAGUCCUGAAAGUUGUGGGGAAAGAUAGUAGAAAACUUCCAAAAAUCUUAGAUGGAUCGGGAACAGUCAGCUUGCAAUCUUAAGCCUUUCUCGAGCUUUUAUGGUGGUAAUGCUAUAGCGAAUGGCCACUCUAAAACUUUGCGCUUUUGAUAAACUAAAACUAACAUUUUUUUGUUAUUUGUUUCGACUUUCCCAGGUUACUGACCUCAUGCACAGAGCCCUGUAUAACUUUUUAAAGAAGAGAUUUAGUGGAAAGUAAGUUCCUUUGUUGUUGUCUUGCUGUUCAGUUGGCAGGAUAUUCAUUGUACUGAAUACACGGGUAGGAUACAUAAGGGACGAAACAAUAGUCUGCUAUAUGAUCAUUACUUAAUGUCUCGACAUCAUGUUGAGAUUCAGAACCCCCCUAAUUGCCCGAAAAUUUAAGGUGGCUCUACACCCCUCCACCCCUCAAAUAAAACCGACAAAACCGUGGACACUUGAAAUAUAUCAGGACUGUCUAUUAAUACGACCAAUCACAGCAUAAUCAGGACACGCGACUUACCCACAAUUGUCCGCUAUAUAUCUUACUUACUAUAGAGUAGUUUAGCGUAGUUGCUUUAAUUUCUUGUACAUGUAGCUGGUUUAGUUUUGAUGGUCUGUGUGUAGUUCGCAGCUACACCGACUAGUGGACCUCUUCAUGAAUACAAACUAAAACUACACCAAACUAUAUCAACUAAUAAAGAGCAACUAAACUAAACUACAGCAAAUACACUAACGCAAUAACUAACUUUUUAUACCUACUACACUAUUUAACAGAUAGAGAUAAUAAUUGAUUAGACUUUCUUUUUGUGACGGUCGUCGUGAAGGUAUUAAGGGCUUUAAGAUCCGAGGACAGCGACUGGUAGUGAUAUCGUCGCUAAAAAGAGAAUUAGCGUUCUUUCAAUCUUCAUUGCGAUUAUUCCAUCCCACCUUUGUCAAAUGUAGGUGAACUUCCCUGAAGUUCAUUUCCUAAGAACCGGUAUCCAGUUUCAGAAAGAGAAAGAGGAUUUCGUCGUGGCUCGUUUGCGUCCACUGUAAAACGUGAAAUUAGGCAUCUGUGUUUACGUCGAAAAGCCCUGUGCAAACGGACGGAACAUUGUUGGCCAAAAACUCCCAAUAUUGUUGGUUGGUAAUUGUUGGUUCCUUUUGCACACCCUGUUUCAUGUCAUUGCCUGUUGUUGGGAGUUGUUGCGCAAAGUUUGAAACCGGCCAAACUUUUAGGCAUGUGCAAACGGACUCAAGAACUCCCAACAAUGUUGGGAGUUGUUAGUCAAAAAUGUUGCGUACGUUUCCACGCAGCUGUAGUCGUGAAGUUACGGCAAAUAAACAAAAGUAAAAAGCGUGCUGCAGGCGCAGCCUAUUGCUUUUGUGACGCUCUUGUUGUCGUCGACGUUGUCGGCAGCACUUUCGUUGAUGCUUUCAUUUAAGGAGAGUUUUGGAGAAACGGGUUGAAAAGGGUUAAUCAAGUACUAAUUUAUUAUGAUAGGAUCCAAGUGUACAGAACACAUGCGGAUAUUGGCCUGUCCAAACGAUCAAAGAAUAAUCCCUCAGAAAAAGAAAGAUUUAACAUCGCAAAGACUGGAGGGCCUCGAAUGACAGGUGAGAAAUAUAGACUGGCUAUCAAAACAAAGAAGAUCUGCCAUUUAAUGUGCAAUAUUGCUUUGCUUAAAGAAAGGCUCAGUGAGACCGCUAAAAACCUCAAUGGAAUUAGUAGAAAAUGUUUCAAAUAGCAAGCCUAUAUUGCAGAAAUUACCCUUGCAAGGUAAUUUGCCUUCCUCAAUGGGAAGCCUGUUUCUAUCAAUUUCCCCUGAGAAGCUGAAAAUGUUUUCCUGAUAUUCUUGCGAGGUAGAGGAAUUUUGAGUGAAGGGUUUACUUUCUAAAGAAACUGGUUGUUACGAUAGCAACCGUAGGAGGAUUGAGAAACUGACGUUUCGGACGCUACCCCGGCCCUCAGUCCUCAGAUCGCCUGUGUUCAGCCGCCGCCCCCCUUGUAAACAGGUUACUCAAAACGUAAGCUUCUCGAUCGCCAGUCUACUUUAUGAACUCAUUUGAUGAAACCAAAUAAAAGGAAUGGUGAGUGUUCAGGGCGCCUAGAAGGUCACUGGAGAUACUGAACUCAAUGGUCACUAAAUGACAUGAUGUAAAAGAUUAAUUAAAGAUUAAUCAUUCUCUUAAACACACAGCUGAAGUGCAAAAAGAGGUAGAGCGGAUCUAUGAACUGACCAAAAGUUUGAACAUGGUGGUUAUCGAUUGUGACGUCAUCAACCAUCCCUCUCAGCUGACUGACUGCUCGCUGGCGCCAAUAUCGAUCUACAUCAAAAUGGAGCCACAAAUUCUGGAAAAACUCGUCAAAUUACGUGGAUCCAAAAGGAAAAACCUAGGAGCUCAAGUGGUAGCCGCUCAAAAGCUUGCACAGUGCAACGAGGUCAGUAACUCAUUAAAACUGUACAUACAACGAAAUUCGUUCGUCACACAACGUUACAUAUUGGUCACACAACGCUACAGAUUCGUCACACAAAGCUACAUCUCACGCUAUGUUCACACUAUACCAGAUAGCUUUUCGUGCCCACUUGAACAACCACAGGUAGCCCAAACUCGAAAUAUGAGCAUCGGCGAGCAUCGGCAUUAUUGCGUAACAUUCGGAAUAUAAGGAUUUGUAUGGGAAAAAAACCUAUCGUUCUGUAACCUACGAAAAUGAAAGGAUUUCAAUAAAAAACAGCUUACCUUACUUAAAAUGUGUGUUACGUCUCUCCUGUGUAGUCCACGGGCCGAUUUAUGGCUGUUUUAUGGGUUUUAUGUAAACGGUUUUCUCUCCAUAAGGUUUACCAAGGUUGGGGACACCAGCGACGCGGCCCGACGGAUAUAUAGAGAGAACACCGUUUACAUAAAAACCCAUAAAACGAUCAUAAAUCGGCCUGUGGACUACACAGGAGAGACGUAACACACGUUUUAAGUAAGGUAAGCUGUUCUUUUUCUUGAAAUUCUUUCAUUUUUGUAGGUAACAGAAACGAUAGGUUCUUUUUCCCGUAAAAAUCCAUGUAUUUCGAAUGUUACGCAACAAUGUCGAUGCUCAUAUUUCGAGCUUGGGCUACCUGUGGAACAACUAACCGUAUAUUGUUAACACCUAUCCGAUAUGUGACUCUCCACUUAAGAGAUCGGCCUGGCGCAGCUUUACUCUGUUACAGAUAUCGCCCCGAAAACACCGUUGUAUGUGUGAACAGAGGCCCUAUCCGAUAUGGUUUUCAUGCCAGUGCAAAAGCCAUCCAGAAUAGUGUGAACAUUACCUGAAAUACCUUGGAAAGGAGUUUGGUGUGACAACCGAAGGGAAAGGAGUGCGUCAGUAGAGACUCGGGUUUUUUGUGCGUAUGAGACAACCGUUGGCAAAUUGAUCAAGUUCAGUGCCAGACAGGUCUCUGUUAGAUACAAGUAGUGAAUUUUCCUAUAGCUAGUGUUAUCUUCACUCUUCUGUUUAACACAGGAAAUGUUUGACUUGGUUCUUGAUGAGGCCAUUUUUGAAGACGCUUGUGAGCAUCUCGGGGAGUUUCUUGACCAGUACUGGAGAGACCUGCACCCAAGUGACAAAGAAGAUGGUGCUUUACCUCUAACGGAAAAGACGCCUUUGCUUCAAGGAGUUUCUAACGUCCCAGGAACGAAGGUAACCAUGGGUGUUCACCAUUUUCACAAACCACCCGGGUGGAAAUCUUGUGCAUAAAAAUAAAUCUAUGAAAUUUGACUUGGUGGAGAACGACCCGCUACAACGUAUGCGCAAAUUAGCUGAACAGGCUAAAACGAACAGAAAAAUUGCGUCGCCUUAAAUCACAGACUAUAUUUUCUGAAGCUCCCAAACGGAAUGGCGCCCGGAAUUUCCGGUUUUCCUGUCUAAAUUGUAAGUACCUCAUUUUUGUUAAGGCUGAGAUUGGCCAAAUCUAAAUCAAAAGGUGUUAAGACCAAGGCUGAAUCGAUUUCAUAACAUCUCUGAGAGCUUUCUAACUUGACACAACGAAAAAAGGUAAACCUACGUCCUAAGGUAAAAGUCAUUUAAAGUGACAGCAAAACAGAUUUCACCUUCUUUGAGCAAACAUAUUUUUUAAUGUUACCAUUGUUACGAUGAUGAUAUUAAUCAAAUGCAAAAUCAUUCAUGAAAGAGGUAUGGUAAUUCGCAUGACCUAAUACCGGCAGUUUCUGUAGCGACAUCUUGAACCGCUUAAUUUUUGUCUUGACAGUUUUCAAUUCAAUAACAAGUUCGGUGGCCCCUUUUCAUAUUGUGGAAUCCAGUCUCGACAUCAAUUUGAGAUUCAGAUUUAGGUUGAGAUUUAGCGCCACCUUAAAAGUUCGUCAAUUUAAGGCGACUCUACACUCCUCCAAAUAAUUAUUUUAAACUUUGUAAAAAGUUAAAUCUUUAGCUGUUAUUCAAAUUCGAAUAAAAGGGUCCACGGAGGGUUCGCGCGAGAAAGAAAAAUCAUUUACCCCUUGCGCUGGCGGUCAAUAAAUCCCGCGCGGUUUAUAUUUUAGUACGCCCGCUCGACGGACUUUGAAGAGAAAAUAGAGGGUCUGUGAACAGCUACAAAAUUGUACUGUAAUAUGGAAUCCUACUUCGUCUUGAGAGUAGCCAUACGUUCUUUAUCAGUGAGUAGAUUUAUCGUAGCAACAAUUGACACAGGAUGGUGAUAUUGAUUCAUCAGAAAGAAUAAGUGCUAAAACAGGAGGAAGCCGCGAGCCAACCUAAGACAUCUCUUGUAAUUCAGUUAAAUUUGAUUAAAUGACAGGUUCCAACGACGAGUUUGACACAGAAAACACAGAACCAACAAGGCGCACAAGGAUCGUCUGAGGUUCAAGACUCGGGUGGAUCACGUAGGAAGAUGGCGGUAACUGGGGCUGCACCUGACUUCGGCAAAAAACUGCACGAAGCUUUCCAAAGUACUCAAACGACGAAACCAAAAACGUACCAAGGCGAUACUGGUUACCAAGCAGCUUAUAGCUCGGAGAUGCAGCAAUAUGACCAACAGCAGCAGCAACAACAACAGUACUACCCUCAAGAGGAAUAUUAUGAUCAGGGGCAAAAUUACGGGGCUGAAAUGUAUGGGCACCAGCAGGGUUACUCCACUGAGUCUUAUCACCAGCAAGGAUACAACCAACAGUAUAGUCAAGACAGCCAAUAUGAUUACGGACAGUAUGGGCAGGACCUUAAUCAGGGUUACUCCCACGGGUACACGAAUGAACACCAGUACCCCGACCCUUACUACGAUCAUGAUUCAAGCAUGGGAUAUCAGCAGUACGGUAAUGAGAUGGAGAGUGGAUAUCAACAGGGGCAUGAUUGGUACGGAGACAACGGCAACUAUUACGGCGGAGGUGGCUACUAUCACUGAAUAAGUAGAACACAUGGAAUAAUUAAUUUGGAGCAAUUUACAAUUGAUAGCAAUUAUUUUUUGUUAAAUUUCAUAAAAGUAUUUAUAUUGCAAGAAGGCAAGCAUUCUUCAACCUGUCCUGCUAUUUGCACUGUUAUUUGGGCGUUGACACAAUGCUGGUAAGCUAAGGCUCGCAUGUCAGUUUGUCACGUGGAAGUCACGUUUUCUAUCAGGGAAGAGUGGACCUAGGAAAUAACGUCUACUGGAAGACUAUAUUAACGAGAACUAUUGUUUGUUAUAGACAUCUGAUGUCUACUCUCCAAUAUCUUAAAGGAAAAAAGGUUCUCAUUUGUAGUUGAAAGGAAUGUGACAGGUUUAUAACCCAGUAUUCUUCAACGGGAUAAGUAAUUUUUUUGUGUAACAAGAAUAUGGACGCAAAACGUCUGAUAGAACUGACCAUAGAUAUGGCAUCUAUAGGUCUGGACAAAACGCGGAAACGAAAGAAGGACUAAUAAUAUUCGAGGCUUUUACAUGAAGCAGCGGCACCUAUUAGCACUACACUGGAGCUUUUUAGUAAAAUCAAGGAAUGAGGUACUUAAUUUAAUAGGGCGAUGUGGAAGGGCGGGUCCCUUCCCUUCCCUAGGUCAAAAAUACUUUAUCACAUAAUCUGAUCUCUUUUAGGACUUUAGGGUGAGUCGCUUUUAGAUAUCCUUGAGAAAACAAAAUACAUUUUAGCCUAGUAAUUUACAAAAUGGCUGUUGUAGAUCAGCUAAGGGAAGUGGUGAAGGAGAGUGUAUUCAAAUGAAACCCAAGUAAGAUAGCCGUUUUUUCAUGAGCCUGAAAUGAGUAAGGCUUAUAGUCCUGGCCCCGAUUGUUCAAAAUUUGGAUAGCGCUAUCCACCGGAUAGAUUGCUAUCCAGUUAGUAAGUAAUAAGAAAAUUAAUUGCGUUGUCGACUGGAAAGUGAUUUAUCCAUUGGAUAGCGCUAUCCACUUUUUGAACAACUGGGGCCUGAAUGUCACAUGAGAAUUAGACGUUCUGUGUGCAAGAGUUUGUAUCGCUCAGAGGUGCUUGACAAUUCGCCACUUUGGAAACGAGAAGAACUGGGCCGGGUUUGCUUUCGCAAAGACUUCUGGGAUUGAUACUGGGGGUGUGCCGGUCAUAGAGUGCCGGUCAGCCAUUGGCCAAUUUUUUCUGUGUCCACAGUAACAGUCCCAGAAGUCUUCGCGAAAGUUAACUCGGCCCAGUUCCCUUCUCGUUUCUAAAGUGGCGAUAUGGGGAUUAGAGGAGUCCGGAAGUGCGCAUGCCACCUCCUCUUCUGAGGAACAAGGCCCUGUCUGCCUCCGAACGUUUGACCACUUCCCAAAGUUGAAUUAGUUUUCUAAGAGACGAACAGUUGUUGAAGUCUCAAGCUACUUUACUGCGAGAGGCGACCUGCGCCUAAUCUUUCGAAUAAUGAACUGUAGAAUUCUUCAGUCACUGAAAGUUAAUGAAAUAUUGCCAUCUAAACCAUUCUGUACCCAGCAACAGAAUCGUAUCUUGACAUGGCUUUGUAAUAAAGUUUUGUAUUCG